AUGCAUUGGAUGUUUAAAGGAAUUGAAGGACACGUCGCAAAAAAUUGUUCGAAAAGGUCAACGUGUAAGAUAGGAGGUAGUUCCAGGCGACACCCCAUCUUUCUUCAUACGAGUAACAACGAUUUUAUCAGCAACGUAAAAAACAUUUCUAAAGAAGAUAAAGCCACGCCUACUAUGGAUGGGAAUUCAACUGUAGCAUUUACGAAUAGUGAAAUCAAUGCCCAAAACUAUUCUCUCGCAGGGGCCGGGAAAACAGUUAUAAUAAUAAUUUCCUUAACUACCAUGGAGAAAACAAAUAGUCUCGUUGAUUGUUCUAUUAUUACCAACUUAACCGUUAGUGAUUUGGAUGAGAACAGUUCGAUUUCGUUGCCCGUUAUGUUCACGACCAAAGAGAUUCCAAUUGCAAGAAGAGAAAUUCCUAAUCAAGAUGACAUUGAUGAAUGGUCUUAUCUAAGAGACGUCCACCGGCCAGAGCUAGAUGGAGAAAUUGGCCUCUUAGUGGGAAGUGACGUACCUCAAGCACUGGAGCCUAUUGAAUUCAGAAAUAGUCAACAUGGAGGUCCUUAUGCGCCAAGAAUUGUAUUAGGAUGGACAAUAAAUGGUCCUUUGUCACGCGAGAAAGAUGACCCGAACGUCAGAAACUUCUUUGUUAAGUCAGACAUUCAUUUAAGCCAAGUAGUGGAAAACGCGAUGACUCAAAAUUUUACCGAUAAAUUUCCGUAUGGAUCUGACUCCAGUAACUUUUUCGCAAAAUCAGAAACACCGCUGAACGAUAUAGUUUUGGAUUCGAUUAAUCGAGAUUUCGAUGAACGAGCAGUUUAUGACAAGAAAGAAAUGUCUCAUGAAGAGCAACAGUUCAUGAGCAAAGUGAAACGAACAGUGUCUUUAAAGAAUGGUCAUUACCAAAUCGCACUUCCAUUCAAGGAUGAACAUCCUCAGAUACCGAACAACAGAACACAAGCAGAACAACGUAUGACUUGGCUCAAGAAACCCUUGCAGAAAAACCCUCAGUUCCAGAAAGAUUAUACCCAAUUCGUCGAAGACCUUUUGAAGAAGAAUCACGCCAGAAAAGUCUCACAAGAUCAUCUCCAUGUUAAAAAUGGUAAAGUUAGAUAUAUCCCACAUCACGGUGUAUAUCAUCCUCACAAACCUGGCAAAAUUCGUGUGGUGUUUGACUGUUCGUGUAAGUUUAAGAACCUUCAUUGAACGACUACCUCCCGACUGGACCUGACCUGACCUGAAAAGCGACCUCGUUGGAGUUUUGAUCAGUUUUCUCCUCGUGUCGAUCGCGAACACUGCAGAUAUAGAAUCUAUGUUUUGCCAAGCGCAAGUGACGGAACCCGACCGUGAUUAUCUCCGUUUCUUAUGGUGGCCUGAAGGUACCUGAAUAAAGAGCCAGAAGAAUAUCAGAUGUUGGUGCACAUAUUCGGCGCAGCUUCGUCGCCAAAUUGUUCCUGUUACGCAUUGUUGCAAACAGCUGAAGACAAUAAGAAUGAUUCGCAAUUGAAGUUAUCAAUAGGUACCGUGAAAAGAAAUUUUUACGUACACGAUUGUCUGAAGUCAAAACCGACGAUCGAAAGUGCUAUAAGUCAUGCUUCAGAUCUACGAACUCUCCUAAGUAAAGGUGGUUUUCGUUUGACUAAGUGUUCGAGCACCGAUCGUAGUGUACUAAAGAGUAUUCCAGCUGAAGAUCGCGCCAAGGAAGUUAAAACGUUUGAUCUUGAUCAGGACAAGUUGCCUAUAGGAAGGGUCCUAGGAAUACAGUGGUGCGCUGAAUCAGACCAAUUUCAGUUCAAAAUCGUGAUCAAGUAUCGUCCUGCUUCAAAGCGUGGAAUCUUAUCAGUUAUGGCCUCAAUAUAUGAUCCCCUUGGCUUCUUUGCUCCGAUAAUCCUACCUGCCAAGAUGAUAUUGCAAGACUUAUGCAGAUUGAAUGUUAGAUCGGACGAUGAGGUACCAACUGAGUAUUUCAUGCUAUGGCAACAGUGGCUAGCAGAUCUCCCAAAGUUAUCUGAAUUUGCUGUAGAACGAUGUUUUAAACCACCAAAUUUCAAAGUGAAGUCAGCGCAAUUACACCUUUUCUCCGAUACAUAUAUCGGAAAGAGGAUAUGGUUCAGUAUCAUUCCCACGUCAGUUGUCGUUUGAUGACAAGAUUAAUUGUUCGUUUCUACUUGGGAAAUCACGUUUGUCACCGCUGAAGACCGUCACAAUUCCACGAUUGGAACUUACAGCCGCGACAGUUUCAGUCCGAUUGGACACUUUGAUUUCGUAAUAAUUGGAUUAUCCUGCUCCAUUAGGUGACACGUUCUUCUGGACGGACAGUACCACAGUUCUUCGUUACGUGGAGAAUGAAACGAAGCGCUUCCAAACAUUCGUUGCCAAUAAAAUUACCUUGAUAAUUAAGAGAAAGAUCGUCACCUUCACAGUGGAAAUAUGUGGAAAGCAAGAAGAAUACAGCAGAUUGCACAUCACGAGGGUCAUUCCUAGUAACCAACAGUUGGAUAAGGGGACCGUACCUCCUUUGGACGUCUGAAGAUUCAUGCCCAAAACGCCUUCCUUCUAUUAGUGAAGUCACGAACGAUGAUCCUCAAGUGAAACAAGAAAUAUAUAGUUGCUUGUUCAAAUACAGUUGAAACCAGUCCAAUACCAAGAAUAUGUUUUUGUACCGUUGUAAGCAAGUUCUCUUUAUGGAAUCAAGAAAAAAGAAUUAUAGCCUGGAUUCUAGAAUAUCGUGUGAAGCUUCGUGAAGCCAGAGAGAAGCGUCAGACAGGAGAGAAGUUAGAAUUUCAGAACCCACAUAAUCCAGAAUCAUUAAGACUACAAGUUAACGAGUUAGAGAAUGCAGAACGGGAAAUAACCAAAUGUCUUCAAGCCUGCUCUUUUCUCGAUGAAGUCGCAGUCCUGAAGCCGAGAGAAGACAAAGAUCCUCAACACGAACAAAGAUCCUCAAUACAAAAGUACAGUUUCUAG